CGCCCGAGGCAGCCGGCGCGAGCGAGAGCGAGCGAGCGCGCGCGCGCGUUGCCAGGAGACCCCGGGCGCGCGGGGGAGGGGGGGAGUGUGUUACGUGGUGACGUUAAUUCUAUAUGAGCGCGAGCGGCGGGAGCUCGGGUCUUUUUACCGCCAGCCGCGCGGCGCCUCCUCCUCGCUCCUGAGUCACCGCCAGCCCCGGCCCGCGCAGGGUUUGAAAUCUAAGAGAAUGGCAGACAUAGACAACAAAGAGCAGUCUGAACUUGAUCAACAGGAUAUGGAAGAUGUUGAAGAAGUAGAAGAAGAAGAAACUGGUGAAGAUGCCAACAGCAAAGCUCGGCAGUUGACUGUGCAGAUGAUGCAAAAUCCUCAGAUUCUUGCAGCCCUUCAGGAAAGACUUGAUGGUCUGGUAGGAACAUCUACAGGAUAUAUAGAAAGCUUGCCUAAAGUUGUUAAAAGACGUGUGAAUGCUCUCAAGAACCUUCAAGUUCAGUGUGCACAGAUAGAAGCGAAGUUCUAUGAGGAAGUUCAUGAGCUGGAAAGAAAGUAUGCUGCUCUCUAUCAGCCCUUAUUUGACAAGCGAAGUGAAAUCAUCAAUGCAAUUUAUGAACCUACAGAGGAAGAAUGUGAAUGGAAAGCAGAUGUUGAAGAAGAAAUUUCAGAGGAAAUGAAAGAGAAAGCCAAGCUUGAAGAGGAAAAAAAAGAUGAAGAAAAAGAAGACCCUAAAGGAAUUCCUGAGUUUUGGCUGACAGUAUUCAAGAAUGUGGACUUGCUCAGUGAUAUGGUUCAGGAACAUGAUGAACCUAUCCUGAAACACUUAAAAGAUAUUAAAGUGAAAUUUUCAGAAGUUGGACAGCCCAUGAGUUUCACAUUAGAAUUUCAUUUUGAACCAAAUGACUACUUCACAAAUGAAGUCUUGACAAAGACGUAUAGAAUGAGGUCAGAGCCAGAUGAUUCUGAUCCCUUCUCCUUUGAUGGACCGGAAAUCAUGGGUUGUACAGGUUGCCAAAUAGACUGGAAAAAAGGAAAGAAUGUUACUUUGAAAACCAUUAAGAAGAAGCAGAAACAUAAGGGUCGUGGAACAGUUAGAACAGUGACAAAAACAGUUUCUAAUGACUCCUUCUUCAACUUCUUUAGUCCUCCUGAAGUUCCUGAAAGUGGAGACCUGGAUGAUGAUGCUGAGGCAAUCCUUGCUGCAGACUUUGAAAUAGGUCAUUUCUUGCGUGAACGUAUAGUCCCCCGAUCAGUAUUGUACUUCACAGGAGAAGCUAUUGAAGAUGAUGAUGAUGAUUAUGACGAAGAAGGUGAAGAGGCAGAUGAUGAGGAGGGGGAAGAAGAAGCAGAUGAAGAAAAUGAUCCUGACUAUGACCCAAAAAAGGAUCAAAACCCAGCAGAAUGCAAGCAGCAGUGAAGCAGUGUGUAUGUGGCCUUGAGGAUUACCUGCACUGUAAUAGCCUAAACACAACUAUUAGUUACUUACAGCCUUAUGUUUUGUAUCUUGGUAGAAUUAAGUAACCAAUUUGUUAAAAAAAAAAUCAAACACAUAAGAACCGGUUUAAAAUGUAGGUUCAAUCUACCUAGCAUUUUAACAGUAUAAUUUUCUGCCAAUAUGUAGAAUGCAGUAAAUCCCUUUAAAGCAUGAAUGUUAAUUCAUUGCUACAUAGUUUGGUUCUUGUGAAGUCUUUGUCAUGUAGCUAUUAGACUGCAGCUGUGAAGAUUAUCAGAACUGUUAACUGAGACCAAUAUUUGUUUAGAGAAAACUCUCUCCUGAAGAACCAACCAAAGUAUUUUUCAGCCCAGUAGUCUGAACGGGUUUAAGUCUGCUUGCACUAGCUGUGCCUUCAUUACUUUGUUAUAGAAAUGGCAGUGACUUGUACUAACUAGGAGAUGAUGAUGCAUUUUGAAUUUGACUACUUGAGAAGACUAGUAUAACUUGUUUAAUUUUCAACGAGACCACAUUAAACAUUCAUAACUGUCAGCUUGUUUAUGCUAUGGGUUUUGUAUUUUAUGUGACAUAGUGAUCUACAAAAGAAACCUAGUCAUCAUAUUAAGGUUAUUGUUUACCACUGGGGUGUGAAUAAAACCUAGUAUUUUCAGAA